CCAGACCACUGCCAGUCGAGCACCACAGAUCCUGAGCACAAUGGCUGCGAUGUUUUCACUGCUACUAGUCGGGUUGAUGGCGAGUCUCAGCACAGCUGCAGACCCCAACACCCCCCUGAGACUUGUUAAUGGGGGCAACAGCUGUUCUGGGAAAGUGGAGGUGUUUCAUCAGGGCCAGUGGGGAAGCGUCUCUCAUUACGGAUGGGAUUUGAAUGACGCUAAAGUUGUCUGCAGGCAGCUGGGAUGUGGCAGAGCCAUCUCAGCACCAGGAAUUGCCCACUUUGGAGGAGGCAGCGGAAAGAUCUGGAUGGAUGAUGUUGCUUGCACAGGGAAAGAGUCGUCCUUGAUGCUGUGCCAACAUAGUGGACUGGGAAAGCAUAACUGUGAUUCACAUGAAGAUGCUGGGGUCGUCUGUUCAAAUGUCAACGGUCAACUCAGACUCGUCAAAGGGACCAACAGCUGUUCUGGGAGAGUGGAGGUGUUCUACCAGGGCCAGUGGGGAACCGUCUGUGAUGACUCAUGGGAUUUGAACGACGCUAAAGUUGUCUGCAGGCAGGUGGGAUGUGGCAAUGCCAUCUCAGCACCAGGAAGUGCCCACUUUGGAAGAGGCAGCGGAAAGAUCUGGAUGGAUGAUGUUGCUUGCACCGGGAAUGAGUCGUCCUUGAUGCUGUGCCAACAUAGAGGACUGGGAAAGCAUGACUGUAGUUCACAUGAAGAUGCUGGGGUCAUCUGUUCAGAUACCAAGACCCUCCCAAGACUCGUCAACGGGACCAACAGCUGUUCUGGGAGAGUGGAGGUGUUCUACCAGGGCCAGUGGGGAACCGUCUGUGAUGACUCCUGGGAUUUGAACGACGCUAAAGUUGUCUGCAGGCAGCUGGGAUGUGGCAAUGCCAUCGCAGCACCAGGAAGUGCCCACUUUGGAAGAGGCAGCGGAAAGAUCUGGAUGGAUGAUGUUGCUUGCAUAGGGAAUGAGUCGUCCUUGACGUUGUGCAAACAUAGAGGACUGGGAGAGCAUAACUGUGGUUCACAUGAAGAUGCUGGGGUCGUCUGUUCAGAUAUGUUCUUCAGUCAAGGCUCCUGCGAAAAUGGAUGGGUGACCCACUCCGGCCGGUGCUACAAAUUCUUUACGGGGAAGAAGUCCUGGAUUGAUGCGGAGUUACAUUGCCUCAGCCUUGGAGGAAACCUGGCGUCGGUGCUCAACAGCAGUGCCAACAAGUUCAUCACCAGUCUGAUUAAAAGCAGGGAUGUCACCAGCCCAGUCACCUGGCUGGGGGGCUCCGAUGCCGUGAGGGAAUCAACGUGGCUCUGGACAGACGGCUCCAGGUGGAAUUACUCAAAUUGGAAUAGCGGUGACCCCAAUAACGCUGGUGGCAACGAGAAGUGCAUUCACAUCAACUUUAAAGUCCAAGGCGGAUGGAAUGACAAGGACUGCACUGAGCUUUACCCUUUUGUCUGCGUGAAGAAACUCAACUGAAAGUGGGGAAGGCUGGAGUGACGAGUGGCCACUUCGUGUAAUCAGUGACGUCGCUGGCACUCUGAGGUGUCCUGGUGACCCUAAUAAAAGUGAUUUAGCAUUCAAGCUGUUGUUGUAAAGUUGAUUUUCUUUGAGCAGGUUUUCUUUUGUGAUGGACAAGCUACAGUACAGCAGAGCCACCCGUACCCGUGGGUGAUACGCUACAUCACAGACCACCGAUGCCUGAAGCCACGUGUGUCACUCGUCACUCAUUUAUUGACAUACUGAUGGUGAAGUUUAACUGAUGAAUCACACAGAAUACACACACCUGAGAUCAACACAAGACACAAAACAAGGAAAUGGAGGUGAAGUGCAGGGCAGUGCCGGAAAAACUGACGUAGAAAUCCACAAUAAUUCUGUGUGGGAAUACUGAGAGGAAUUGGGGUGGGGGGCCAAAUGAACCCUUUGGGAGUGCGAUGGCUCUAAAAAGAAACAGAUUUCCUAGCGGUUUGUUCUUACGCUUGGCAGAUGGGAGAACCUCAGAGAGGUGCUGGUCUCCAUGUUGAAGGUUGCUGAGGUCCUCUAAGGUGUGACAUCUGCAGAGCUGACUGUCCUUGUCACCUGCUCUUGUCACGUUUAGUUGCUGAUCUAAACCCCGACGUGUCCCACCCAGAGGUGUCUGGCCAGUGAGUGUGGGUGGCAGUCAAUGGUAUCAGUUUCUUCAUCCUGUCGCCACAUGAGACCAGGCAUUGUCGUACACCAGGAGGAACCAGCAUAGGGUCUGACAGUGGGGCCAAGGAUUUCAUCCCGAUACCUAAUGGAGUCAAGGUGCCCACUGUUGUCUCGCCUGUAGAGGUCUGUGCAUCCCUCCAUGGA